AUGAUACGCUUGCAGUCUACGAGGCGAGUCGUCGCACUUGUCACGCAUCGUCAAUGGACGUGCCCGAAAUGUCUGCCGCGCCGGCUCUACUCGCAGAAGCUAGAAAAGCGCGAGCCUCCUGACCAUAGGAAGCUCGGUCACCAGCAGGAGCUCUUCAUCACCUCCACCUUCAGCCCUGGCUCACCAAUUUUCCUCCCUAAUGGAACGCGAAUAUUCAAUCGACUUGUGGAUUUCCUGCGAAAGCAAUACGUACGAUAUGGCUUCGAGGAAGUCAUCACCCCGACCAUUUACAAAAAGUCGCUAUGGGCCAAGUCCGGCCACCUCGAAAACUAUGCCGACGACAUGUACACAGUGACCGGAAACAAGCGAGCGUUAGCCCUCGGACACUCAGAGGGGUGCUGUGGCACGAACUCGAACGAAACCGCCGCGACGGAAGACGAGGACGACAGCGAAUACGGACUCAAACCCAUGAAUUGUCCUGGGCAUUGCCUCAUCUUCGCGUCGAAGCUGCAUAGCUAUCGAGAUCUACCAGUACGCUACGCCGAUUUCAGCCCUCUCCAUCGAAACGAAAUAUCGGGUGCGCUGUCUGGGCUCACAAGAGUGCGCCGCUUCCACCAGGACGACGGCCACAUCUUUUGCCGCCCUAGCCAGGUAGAGGAAGAAAUCAAGAAGACGCUCGAUUUUGUCAAAGUAGUCUAUGCUACGCUUAAAUUUGGCGUGAGCUAUCGAUUGGCACUGUCUACGCGGCCAAAGGACCACUUUAUAGGCACAGAAGACGAAUGGAACAGAGCAGAGGAUCGUCUUCGCCGCGCUUUAGACGCAUCAGGCAUGCAGUGGAGCGUCAAUGAAGGAGAUGGUGCUUUCUACGGGCCAAAGAUCGAUAUUGUGCUCCAAGACUCGGACGGCAAGGAGCACCAGACCGCGACGAUACAGCUUGACUUUCAGCUGCCGAAGCGCUUCGAGUUGGAGUACCAAGCACCGGCUCCUGAGUACGAGGCUCGUGGCGAAUCGACACAGGAUCCUGCUCUGCUGGCAGAGUAUGGCCCAGUACGACCAGUCAUGAUCCACCGCGCUGUGCUUGGCUCUGUGGAGCGUCUCAUGGCUCUUCUCAUAGAAAAUUACGACGGCAAGUGGCCAUUUUGGCUAAAUCCCCGCCAAGCCGUUAUUCUGACCGUCAACACGACUGCUCCCGUGGUGGAUUGGGCAGAUAAAGUACGCGACAUUCUGCUGGGAAAUGUUGCCAGUUCAUCCACUGGUAAUGAGCCCCCAGUAGCAGAUGCUGGCAUCGCCUUGUCAGGUCAAACAGGUCUUGCAGUAGACCUGGACACCACGGCCAGAUCAUUAGGCGCCAAGAUACGAGAGGCGCGUAACAACGGUUACAGCCAGAUACUUGUCGUAGGCGACGCAGAUGUGCAAAGUAAACAAGUCAGCCUGGGCAAGGAGCGCAUGUCGCCUGCCGAAAUGAGAGAUAGAAUGAUGGAGAUGGUGAACCGAUUCGAAUAA